AUUUCCACCAAGGAGCGCUCCCUCAGAGCUUUUGGUAUGGGGCAAAGAGUAUAUGGGGAUUCUCUUCUGUGCGCGUUCCGUGGCGCAUUCUGUUCUGUGCAUUUGUGCAUGGCGGACAACUAAUGUGCCGGUUGUUUGCAUUGUAAAAUUACCACUGCAAUUUGUAUGUGUAGUACAUAUUUUUGAUUGAGGCUCUGUCUAGAACGUCUCUCCAGCACAAUGACUAUCAGUAAGAAUAAUAAAAUGUUGCAACACAUCAACUACCGAGUCAGGAUUAUUUUGCAAGACUCGAGAACAUUCAUUGGAACUUUCAAAGCGUUCGACAAGCACAUGAAUCUGAUUUUGGGUGAUUGUGAGGAGUUUCGCAAGAUAAAGCCAAAGAACACGAAGCAGCCUGAGCGUGAAGAGAAGCGUGUGCUGGGCUUUGUGCUGCUCCGGGGGGAGAACAUAGUGUCAUUGACUGUAGAGGGCCCUCCGCCACCUGAGGAGGGACUGCCCCGUGUGCCUAUUCCUGGAGCUGCCCCUGGCCCUGGCAUGGGCAGGGCAGCAGGGCGAGGUGUGCCUGCUGGUGCCACAGGAGUGCCUGCAGGACUCCAAGGCCCAGUGCGGGGUGUGGGAGGACCUUCACAACAAGUAAUGACCCCAGGUGGCCGUGGGGCUCCGCAGGUAUCUGCGCCACCACAGAUGCGUCCACAGCAGCCAGGCCCUCCACGAAUGCCAGUUGGUGGACCUCCACCCGGAAUGAUGGGCCCCCCACCAGGCAUGAUGGGGAUGCCACCUGGCAUGGCAAUGGGUCGUGGAGGGCCAAUGGGACCUCCAAUGCGUGGACCCCCACCAGGUACAAUUUUCCCAUUACUCUCCAAGAACGACCUCCCCGACCACCUUACUAAGUUCACAAGUUAGUGAGCUGUUGAUUCAAAGCUUUUUCUUAAGAAAACAUUUGGCUUUGUUGUUGAUACAAUUUUAAUCAAGCCAAGCAGAUUUUUGGACCCUUUCCAAUUUUUAUAAUUGCUACAAAUACAGAUGUAACAAAGUGCUUGAAUGAAUGAAGGCGUGGAUUUGUGUGUAUGCAUCAAGAAGACAUUACUGUGUACCUAUUGAAGUGGCAGGUUUGGGACUUCGGAUGUAUAUUGUAUAUAAGGUAUUGUUUUCAUGCAUCUGUUUAAUAAAUGAAAUACCUCAUUAGAAUGUUUCUUUACUUUGCAAAAUUAGAGGGGGCAAAUGUUUAUUAGGUAAAUAGAAAGUAUUUUUCAAAGGUUGAGAAAUUUAUGGAUCUAGAUCAUGUUUUGCUGUGUGAGAGGUAGUAUCUGCAUGUUUUGUAAUUGCUGUCCCACUUAUUUUCUAAUUCUAACUUUAUUAUUAAUUUGAAUAUUAAUUGAAAAGUAAUACUGUGGUCACAGGGUAAGCUUUCUUAAGUGAAUUGUUAGAAAUGUACCAAGUUGCCCCAGAAUUGCUCACAAUGUAUUCAACAUGUAAUAGUUUUCAAAAUGUAAUGAAAUGACAGACCAUUAUAAACCCAAUAAAACAAAUGGACAUGUGAAUGGAAGGAUGUAUCUACUUGACCAAAUAAAAACUUGUAUUAGAUGCAUUAUUAAAAGAAUAUGUGAUUGUUCAACAAAAUCAAUGAAAAUAAUAUUAUGAACAGUGUUAUGGCUUGUAAGAAAAAUUGUUAGAGCAAAUAAUAUAAUAAGAGUAAAGGUGAGAAAGAUGCAAACAAACUUAAUUUGUGUAAGAAAUAUAAGUGACUAAAACUGGAAAAAAACAUUGAAAAUUAAAUUUAAAAAAUGGGCCAACCUAGAUUUUUAAAAGGAAAUAGAUUGAAGACACCUGUCUCAAUUUCCAUUACCAUGAAGCCAAUACUCUAGUUCUCAUUGGACAAUACAACUAGUGAAAAGGUGAACAUUGUGUAUGUAACUAUUUUAUAUAAAAUGCAACUAUGAAUAUAAAUAAUAAAGAACUUUCGUAUAAUAAGGUUCUUUAAUUUUUGUGUAUGUAAUUAAUUUUUCAAGCAAAUAAUUACAAUUUUUGCCAUGUCUCAUGUACUUUGAAUCUGGAAAGAAUUGGAAGUCCAAUUUUUAAAAAAUCGAAUCUCGAAAAUGAAAGUAUUAUUAGAUACCAAUAUUCUUUUUUUUAAAAAAAAUAAACUUACAAAUAUUCAUCACUAUUAUAUCUAGCUAGACUUGUGCAAACAUAUUCCAUACUUAUGUUUCAAAAAAGGGCAAAUGCCUUCACAUUGGACCCCAAUUUUUAAUGACCAGGUCUAAACAAUGAGCUGCAUUGUGUUGGCUUGUUACUGUGUAUGGAUAAGCCUUCAAAUAUUGCUUAGAUGUUAUCUUGAAGCAGAAACAUUUUGAACUAAGUAAUUAAAUUACAAAAUUUUCAAAUUAAUUGUUGCUUAGGUUUCAAGAUCUGUAUGUAUCUGACAACUUGUUAAGGGUCAAAAGGUCUAAACUUGCACAAAGGUCUUUUAUAGCCUAAGAAGCUUAACUUAGAUACCAAUAAAAAUUGGUUUUAAAGGUGUAGAAUGUACUGUAUCAUAUUUACACUUGAUCAAUGUGUUUAGGGGACAAUUUUGUUGCAUGUAGUGUGUGCUAACUUCAAUAAUUGUUUUGACGUACAUUUUUCAUCUAAAAUCUUCAACCAUUUCAUUGCUGUGGACCCCACCCAGCAUGUCACAACCUAUGCUGAUGGCCAGCAACUGCUGUGUGUGGGACAUUUUUCUGGUUCCGAAGUGCACACACUGGCAGAGUAUGGUGGCGCCAAAAGACAGUCACGCUUAUGUUCUAUUAUUCUUUUUUAAUAUGGACUUUAAGACGAUACUGGUGAAGUUAGAAACAUAUAUCUUUGUGUGUGUUUUUUUUAAAUUUGUUUUCAUUUUCAAAUAUUUUUAUGCUUUUGAAAUAAGUGAGAUCUUUCUUCGUGAAAUGUAUUUUAAAACAGUCUAACACGAGGACCUCAAACAUUUUUUGAACUUUUUAUUAUUAUUGGGAAUUUAGAUAUUCAUUUGUGUGUGUUACACUUCAAAACAUGGUGUAACACUCAGUCCCACAUUACAUUCCUCACAAAAGAAUAGUCACUCACAACGAAUAAUAAAAUCGACGAUCAUUUCUCUUUCACAAUCGCACAGCACCAAGAGUUUGAUUCCUAAUCUGCUUAAUUCUGAAGGGAUAUACUGAUUGAAAAACAGCCAUCCUUUGAACAAAAUUGAGCAUUCUUCAACGCGCAACUUCCGAAUGGAGGAAAUGAGCUUACAAAUCUCCAGCCAAUGACAUCUAAAUCUCUUAUUUUGUAAAGACGAUCGACUCCGUCAUACAUUGUUGUCACUAAAAUAAAGAAUUCUCAGUGUAAACAAAAACCUACCUUGACAUUAUCGCCCUGAAAAUAAGUGUCAAGUAUUCGUUUAGCAAGGGUUUUUUAUAUUCUUCACAUCACAAAAAAAACAUACAUUUCACCAGAAGACUUAUCACUUCAUUUUGCAAGUUGUGAAUGAUAUUUUCCAGUGAUUUGCAGUGCAUUUUAAUAGAAUUCCUUACUUUAUUAACAGUGAAUGGUAUUUAAAAUUCCAUGAAAAAACAAGAAGUCCCAAAUGGAUUUCACUUCAUUGAGCCCUGUUUUGUCCACAAAAGCAGCAGAUAUUUGUAUUAUGCAUAUAAAUAAGAACAAACUUUCAGCAUAAAUCGUAACACAAAGUAAGAGUAGUACUUCAUACC